GUUAUUUUACCAUAUAGUGGAAAAUGACAAAAUUGGUACUAAAAUACUCCAAGAAAUGAAUCGUCAGCAGUUCCCUGGUGAAGUUACAUUUAUGCCUUUAAACAGGUUGAUGUAUAAAGAUAUGCAAUAUCCAAAUACAAAUGAUGCUAUUCCCAUGAUAAGCAAAUUAACUUAUGAGCCAAAGCAUGAAAGAGCAAUGAAAUACAUCUUUGGAAAAACUUUGAUUUGCAGAAGUUUAGAAGUAGCUACUCAAAUGGCAAGGACUUCCAAUCUGGACUGUAUUACACUAGAAGGGGAUCAAGUAUCUCAUAAAGGAGCUUUAACUGGUGGUUAUUUUGAUACAAGGAGAUCGAGAUUAGAUUUGCAUAAAGGACAUAUGCAAGUUGUGACCGAAAUAAAUGAACAAGAAAGGCAGUUGGCUCAGCAUCGAACCACGCUGACAAAUAUUGAAAGUGAAAUUAAUAAAAUUGUCAGUGACAUGCAGAAAGCAGAAACCAAAAAUAGUAAAAAUAAGGAUGUGUUUGACAAACUGAAGACAGACAUCCGUUUGAUGAAAGAAGAAGUAGCUGCUUUAGAUAGAUCACACCAGCCUAAGGUAAUGCUCUCAGUUAAAAUGUUUGUUGUCUGUUGUAUGAUUGAGAAAUAGUCUAUGUCAGUGUUU